AUGUAUUUGGCAAGUUUUACAAACACGCUGCUGUUACUGUGUUUAGGGCAUUUUCUCACUGCGGCAAAUGCGGCUGGCGCAUCAAGUCAAAGUAACCCGCCCGACGACGAAGUGACCAUUGUCGGGUCGAGUCGGUCCAACGUGAUCAGAUAUUUCAAUCCGGUCGAUCGCGUUUGGCGGCGACAAAAGUGUGGCGAACUGCAAUUGAACGCCGCCGUCGGCGACAAUUUACAGCCCGGCCCGGUGGUGAAAACGCUCGGCGCCCCUUUGCGGUGGACCGACGUCGAAGCGGACGGCAGUUGUUUCUACAGGACGUUGUCCAGUUGGGUGACCGGCACGGAAGAGUAUCACGUUGUGUUCCGGAUAUACGUGAUAGAGAUAGUAAGGCUUGAUCAACGUAUUGUGAGUUUACUAGGAGCGGAUGAGCAUCUAGCACACUUGGAUUGGUUAUCAAAAAACGUUUGGGCAACGCAAACGGAAAUCGUCGCGGCCACUCUUCUUCUGAACACGCCGAUUUAUGUGUAUUCGGAAGAAACCCAGACCUGGCUUUUAUUUGAUCAGUACAAAAAUCCCAAAAGCCCACUGACCACCGCGGACAAGUGCAUUUACAUUCAGCAUGUUCGGGGAAACCAUUAUAACCUGGUGACGGACGUGCAAGGCCGAGAAAAAUCCAUUGCAGAUCUGUACCCGGGAUACAUGUUGAACCCCGAGAGGCCAACAGUGCUCGACUGUAUCAUACAAAACGCCGCGUCGAUGCGAAGCAGUCAACAGGCAGAAAUCCAAUACUAUAACCCUGUCGACGGUGCUUGGCAAGAGGAAAAGUGUUGGAAAUUCGACGUGACGUUCUUUCACCGUUUCCAGUACAAUCAAAUGGCAAAAAUUCUCAGGACCCCGAAGACGUGCACUGAAAUGAUCGGAGACAAUUCUUUCUUCAGAGCUGUCGCUUACUGGGUGACCGGCACGGACAUCGAUCAUCAAAUCUUCCGUCUAUACGUAGUCGAAGAACUUGCUUACAAUCACACUCUUCAACGCUUGUACAUGGGAAAAGAGUUCGAGAAUUUUAAAAUGCACAACUAUUGGGCAGUUAAAAUCGAAAUAACCGCCGCGGCUGUUUUUUUGAACACAUCAAUAUUUGUCUAUUCGCAAACCACAAACACAUGGGGUCUGUACAGCAAGAACAUUGUAGACAACGCCCCGGUGGACGCGUUAACCGAAAAGUGCAUUUACCUAAGUCAAUCGUCUGAAGACCAGUACGCCGUAGUUAAAGAUGUGGAAGACGGUUUUUAGCGCCGCCGUCAAUUGUCGAGAGGUUGCAAUAUUGAGAUCGUUUGUGUUUUAUCGUUGUUAAAAAUCGACAGGAUCGAUAGCGGCUAUUAAAAUUACAUUUGUUUAUAUUCAUUAAAAUCCUUCACUCGCCCGCCGGCUAACGGUAACGUCGAUAAAAUAAUAUUUACCAAUAAAUAACGGUUAAUUUACAUUA